AUGUGUGUGAAGCUGUUUAUAGAAAUAAAGAAGCAAGAGGUUGGAUUCAGUAUGUAUCCGCUUUGCAUCGAUACAAAUGAUAAAAGUACAGAGGAGUUACAAAUUUUUGAUUCAAGAAGUGGUGCAAUUAUGUGUAUUGAAGGUGGACAAAGAGACGCUAAUGCUCUAAACGUUGUUGAAUCAAACAUUGGUGAUUCUUGUUACAUACUCGAGAUGGAGAAAGAAAAUUAUAUAUCAGAUACAAAUAUAUCAAAUGUGGAGACGAAACAAUUGUACAAGGAUAAAGCAACUCUUGUGGCUGUAAUGAUGAAAUACAAAAUUAAAACUAGCUUCAAUUUUAGAGUUAAACGGUCAGAUACAAAAAGCUAUGUUUUAGAGUGUUAUUCUGAGAAUUGUUGUUGGAAAUUAAAGGCGUCUGUUAGGAAAAACACUGAUAUUAUCAAAGUAAUAUACUUCAACAGUGAGCAUACAUGUCCAUUAAGGGAUAGGGUACUAAGUAAAGUACAAGCUACUGUUGGAUUUAUUGGUGCUUUUACGGCUCCAAAAUUGCAAGCAUGGCGUGCUAAAGAACGUGCACUAGAGUUGAUAAGGGGCAAUCCUGCAGAUGCAUAUAAAAAUAUGCCAAGAUACAUACAUAUGUUGGAAACGGUGCCUGUUGUUGUUGUUGAUGGUUCACAUCUUAGUGGAGCUUACAAAGGGACGUUUGUAUCCGCAAGUACUCUUGAUGGGACAGCUUACGGGAUCGUCGAUACGGAAAAUGAUUGUUCAUGGACAUGGUUCUUCACACAGUUCAAAAAUGCAUUUGGUGAGAGAGAAAAAAUGUGUGUUGUUUCUGAUAGAAACAAAAGCAUAAUUAAGAGUGUUAGUAUAGUUUAUCCAAAUGUUUCACAUUUUGCAUGCAUAUGGCACUUGUGGAAAAAUGUUUGUACAUACUACAAGAGAAGUAAAAACACUCUAAGUGAUCUGUUUUAUUCGAUGGCUAAAGCUUAUCGGAAAAAGGAUUUUGAAAAAUUGAUGGCUAAAGUGGAAAAAGUAGAUGACAGAGUUAAAAAGUAUCUUGAAGAGGCUGGCUAUGAAAGGUGGUCUAGAUCUCAUGCAACCGUGAAUAGGGGUAGAAUGAUGACAUCUAACAUUGUGGAAUGUAUCAAUGGUUGUCUUGUUGAUGCACGGCAAUUACCUGUUUUGGACUUUUUGGAAGAAGCCAGAAUUCUAUUUGGUUCUUGGAACUGCAAAAAUAGAGAAAUAGCAUCUUAUACAAAGGAAACAUUAGGGAGGAAAUUUGAAGAGAUAUUCAUUAUAAACGCGUCCAAAUGUUCGAAAAUGAAGGUUGUUGCAUCUUCAGAAUUCAUUUUUUCAGUUUAUGAAGGUGGUAUAAGAUACAUCGUUUUCCUUGAUAGAAAGAAUUGUUCUUGUGGUAGAUUUCAGCAUGAUGAAAUACCUUGUGCUCAUGCAAUGGCUGUUCUGAAAAAGAAGAAUAUCAAAGAUGUACACCCAUACUAUUCUGAUUACUAUAAACCUGAUGCAUUAGCCAACACCUAUGAAGUUCCAAUGGAACCAAUGACGGACAAAAGUGAUUGGACAGUUCCGGAAAGUGUUUUGGAAGAAGUUGUAUUGCCACCAAGUUACAAAAAAAUGCCUGGUAGACCAAGAAAAUAA